CUCGGAUUUCUCUCUAGUGGGAAAACAACAGUUCGUAACUUUGUACCAAUUUCAAUAUUUUGCCUUUACCUCUCUCUCUCUCUCUCCCCCUCUCUCCUCCUCCGAAGUAGUCUAUGCUUUGUUGUUUGGUUGCUGUGAAAAUGGAGCUAGUUUUAUUAUCGAUUCACGUUACAUCCACGGACUGCAUUGACCAAGAUAAAAUGACCUCAUUUUUCUAUAUGGGCUUGUAAAAUGGCUGGUGGUUUGGAUUUGUGGGAAUCUUUGGCAUUUGGAUAUUCAUUUGCUCGGUUGACCAUUUUUGUCAAGUUUCAGAAUUUCAUGUGCGAUCUGGUUGGCUAAAGUAGGACUUAUCCUUUAUUCAGUCAGAUGUCGUCUAUGUUGAGCUGAGGAAAUGGGGGGUUGUGUUUCGACUAGUAGUCAGGGUACUCGUAGCAGCAACAGCAACAGAGAGGCAGUCACACCCCCAUGCUUGGGGAUUCAAUUUAGCGGUCGAAAGAGAACGAAGAAGACAUUCUCUGACCAUGCAUAUACUCUUCAGAAUUUACACACCUUGCCAAACCGCAUUUUUACCAACGGAAAGAGCCAGACUUCUUGCAUAUUCACACAGCAGGGCCGCAAAGGCAUAAACCAAGAUGCCAUGCUUGUGUGGGAAGAUUUCAUGUCCGAUGAUGCGAUAUUCUGUGGUGUUUUUGACGGCCAUGGUCCACACGGCCAUCUUGUUGCUCGCAAAGUAAGGGAUGCAUUGCCAAUGAAGCUGCUAUCCUUCUUGUAUUCAUACCAAGGGUCCAGUAAAACGUGUUUCAAGGGGAACCUAAAGAAGUCAGAUUGUGGAGAUACUGAGAAGGAUGGUUUGGAUGAGGAAAAAUUGAAUUUAUCAUGGAGAGACGCUUUCCUGAAGUCAUAUAAAGCUAUGGACAAGGAGCUGAGGUCUCAUCCUAAUUUGGACUGCUUCUGCAGUGGUAGCACUGCUGUCACUCUAGUCAAACAGGGGUCAAAUCUUUUCAUGGGUUAUAUCGGGGAUUCCCGAGCAAUCCUGGGAUCAAGGGACAGUAGUGAUUCCAUGGUGGCAAUCCAGUUAACUGUUGACUUAAAGCCUGAUCUGCCAAGGGAAGCUGAAAGAAUUAAACGGUGUAAGGGUAGGGUUGCUUUGCAUGAUGAGCCUGAAGUGUCUCGAGUGUGGUUGCCUUUUGAUGAUGCCCCUGGUUUAGCUAUGGCUCGAGCCUUCGGCGAUUUCUGUUUAAAGGAGUAUGGAGUGAUCUCAAUACCUGAGUUCUCACACCGGAUACUUACUGACAGAGACCAGUUCAUUGUUCUUGCUUCUGACGGGGUUUGGGAUGUCUUAAGCAAUGAAGAGGUUGUUGAGAUAGUCUCCUCAGCCCCAACCCGGGCAUCAGCAGCAAGGACUGUGGUUGACUCAGCUGCUCGCGAAUGGAAACUCAAAUACCCGACUUCAAAGAUGGAUGACUGUGCAGUCGUUUGCUUGUUUCUGGAUGGGAAAAUGGACUCGGAAUCUGAUUAUGAGGAACAAGGCUUUUCAUCUGCAACCCUUCAAAGCAAUCACUCCGGCAAUGCAGUUGAAUCAGAUGAUGGCCAGAAGUCGGAGCCAUCUUUGCAGAGGAAUUUCACUGUCAGGUCAUCUGAUGAAAGUGAUGCUCAUGGUAGACUACCGGUUGAGAUUGAAGGGAAUGAAGAAACAGUGGCAGCUGAAGAGAACUGGUUGGGUUUGGAAGGCGUGACACGCGUGAAUUCCCUCGUUCAACUUCCUAGAUUUUCCGAAGAAAGGCCUUAGAAAUUGUGAUUCAAAUGUAAACGAAACCGGCUAGCGUUUAUUGUAUUAUGGCAUCUUUUGCCCUCAUUAAAAUCCAAAAGAUAAGUCUUUCUGGGUUUCCAUUUCCUCAGCAUUUGUUGCAGAAGGCACAAAAGUAAGGAAACUGUUCUCUUCAGGUAGCUGAGGCAAAUAUAAUUCUGUGUUUCCAAGUUUUAUGUACAUUCUUUGGUCCAGAUCAGAUGUAGAUGCAGCCUAGAUUUUUA